AUUAAGAGAGAAUACUGACUUUAUCUGUUUUUCUACAUUAAAAUGGAGGCAUGAAUAAUGAAUAUGCAGUGGUUUGCUCCUUUAAGUGUAUCAGUUAACUGUAAAGUGGUUAGUCUGUUUGUACCAACUAACUAAGAAAUGUCCUGUAAUUGCUGUUUUAUUGUGAGAUGAAAUAUUUGUUUAUAAACCUGAAUCAUGAGUUGAAAAGUCUACACUUAAUGAGCACCUAUUAUGGUUUUUCAAAUAUUACCUUUCAUGUAGUGUGUUAUAUAGCUGUUUGUGAAUGUAAAAAAGUCUGCAUAGUUUCAAAAAUCAAAGUGCACGACAAAUGGAGUUAUUGACUUCCAAAAGAAAGAACUGAUUCUGAACACCUGAAACGAGUCGUUAGUAAUUCCAGACUUACUUCCUGUACUAACCUACAUAAUUUGGUAACAAAAAAUCCUGCCUCUGGUCUUCAUUGGCUGCUCAUGAACCGCUUUGACCCGCCCUCAAACACUACACUACACUACACAGCAGAAGACCAAUCACAACAGACUGGGACAUCUGACCAAUCAAAGCAGAGUAGGCUCUCUGAAAGGAGGAGUUUAGAAUGAAUCCUUUAGAACGGAUCAUUGAACGAGUUGUUUUUGACACUGGGAAAAAAAGGUGCUCUUUAAACCCAUGUGCAGGCCCAGAGAUAUGGCUGGAAUAUGUGCAGUACUCCAUCGGGGGGAUGGGAGCACAGGGAGGCAUUGACCGGGUCCGGUCCAUUUUUGAGAGGGCUCUGACGGAAGUGGGCUUACACGUGACUAAAGGGUCUUCAAUCUGGGAGGCCUACCGGGAGUUUGAGAUUGCUAUUGUCUCCACAGUGCAGCCUCCUCCAGGCAGUGUUCCGUCACAGGGGCAACAGGAGCUGUUGAACGCCCAGCUCGAGCGCAUACACACACUCUUCAGACGGCAGCUAGCUGUACCACUGAUGGAUAUGGAGGGAACAUAUGCAGAGUACUCUGAUUGGGCAGAUGAUGGUGUUCCUGAGACGGUCACACAUCAGUACAGACGUGCCCUGCAACAGAUGGAGAAAUGCAAACCUUAUGAGGAGGCUUUGAUGGUCUCUGAACCUCCAAAACUGGCCGAGUAUCAAACCUACAUAGAUUUUGAGAUAAAGGAAGGAGAUCCGGCUCGAGUCCAGAUCAUAUUCGAGCGAGCGCUGGCAGAAAACUGUCUUGUCCCAGACCUGUGGAUCAAAUACACCACAUAUCUGGACCGUCAAUUGAAGAUUAAAGAGCUAGUGUUAUCUGCUCAUGAGAGAGCCGUCAGGAACUGCCCAUGGACCAUGGACCUGUGGAAGAGCUAUCUUUUGGCUCUGGAGAGGCAUGGGGCUGAUCAUCAAACAGUAGCAGAUGUGUUUGAAAAGGCCCUGAAUGCAGGAUUCAUGCAGGCAACUGAUUAUGUAGAAAUCUGGCAAUCUUAUCUGGACUACCUGAGGAGACGUGUUGAUUUCAGCAAAGAGUGGAGCAGGGAGUUGGACGAGCUGCGGGCAGCUUUCACGCGCUCCCUUGAUUAUCUAAAACAGGAUGUGGAAGAGAGGUUCAGUGAAAGUGGAGAUCUGUCCUGCACAAUAAUGCAGAUCUGGGCAAGGAUAGAGGCCUUACACUGUAAGAACAUGCAGAAGGCCCGUGAACUUUGGGACAGCAUCAUGACAAAAGGGAAUGCUAAAUAUGCCAACAUGUGGCUGGAAUAUUACAACUUGGAAAGAUCAUAUGGAGAUGCUGCUCACUGUAGGAAGGCCCUCCACAGAGCUGUACAGUGUACAUCAGACUACCCUGAGCAUGUUUGUGAUGUCUUGCUCAACUUUGAAAGAGUAGAGGGCUGUCUGGCAGACUGGGACGCUGCAGUUCAGAAAACAGAGACCAAAUUGAACAGAGUGAAUGAACAGAGAGCAAGAUUGGCUGAAAAAGAGGCUCUCGUAGCCAGACAAGAGGAGGAGAAAGCUGAGCAGAGGAGAAAAUCCAAGUCAGAUAAAAAAGCCCAAAAGAAGAGCCAGAAAGCAAACAGAACAGGGGAGAAACGGAAAGCUGAAGACGAGUAUGAAGGGGAAUGGGGAGAGGAUGCAGAGCUCCCAUCUAAGAGGCUCAAAGGCGAGGGUGACUUUGGCAGUAUGGCUACGGAGGAGCUCAUGGAGACAGAGAGUGGGCUUUUUGGACGUCGAGCACCACCGCCACAUAAAAAUGAGCCACCUGGUUUCCGCAAGCACAAGCAGGGAGCAAAUGAUGCAGCACGUCAACCCCAGGAAAUGUCACAGGAGCAGCGUAAAGAUGAAAAUUGUGUCUUUGUCAGUAACUUGGCCUUUAACCUGGAGGAUCCUGAGGGCAAGCUGCGAAAUUUGUUUAAAAGUUGUGGGACUAUCCAACAGGUACGGCCAGUGUUCGCAGCAAAAGGUGUGUUUAGAGGUUAUUGCUACGUGCAGUUUGAGGGCCGGCUGGCUGUACCUGAAGCAUUGAAGCUGGACAGACAGGAGGUGGACGGGCGGCCUAUGUUUGUGUCACCUUGUGUGGACAAGAAUAAAAAUCCGGACUUCAAGGUUUUUAAAUACAAAACGUCAAUCGAGAAGCACAAGAUCUUUAUCUCGGGCCUGCCAUACACCUGCACUAAAGAAACGUUAGAGGAGCUCUGCAAGGAAUAUGGCACGAUCAAAGCCAUCCGACUAGUCACCAACCGUUCAGGCAAACCCAAGGGUUUGGCAUACGUGGAAUAUGAGAAUGAGACCCAGGCAUCGCAGGCUGUGCUGAAGAUGGACGGCACCAUGCUGGAGAACUUCACACUCUCUGUUGCCAUUAGCAACCCCCCGAGCAGGAAGAUGGAAGAUAAAGCAGUGCCCAGUCGAGUCCUGGGGGGAGCGAUGCCAAGGCAACCUCAGGGAGCAAGGGGAAAAGGACGCACACAGAUCUCUCUGCUGCCACGCUCUCUGUACCGGCAGAGUGCUCCAGAUGCCAAAGCGGAGAAUGGGACUGUUUCUGCACCAAACAGCACAGUGACAGAUGGAAUGUGUGAAGGACCUGGAACCACGGGCCUGCAAACCAAGUCCCUGUCCAAUGAGGACUUUGCCAGAAUGCUACUCAAAAAGUGAAACCGUAUGCAGAAUAACAUAUGAAGAAUACCUGCCUUCUGACAGAAAGCCAUGCUGUGUCCUCACGAUGUUCAGUGAACAAACAGCAUUUUAAUUUAGCCUACUUUCUAUACAUACAGAAUGUGACCACCCUCAAAACAUAAAAAAUAUUUUAACACCUCAUCCAUAGUGAUGCGAGUUGUUUUUUUUGUUUUUUUUGGUGGCGAUAAAGGGAUGGGGUUGGGGACAUAUUUCUGAUUUUGUCUGCGAGUAUUUUUUUAACAAGCUGUUAAAUGCUGUGAACCGUUUUAAAGGGUAUAUGCAAGAGCAUUUAAUAUUAAGUUAUGAUGGAUUAUAAAUAGGUUUCACUUAACAGCUUAAUUUCUCUCUUGGCCCUUUUGGGUGGCUGAUAUUUAGAUGUUCACCUGCCUUAUCAAAGGUAUAUAAAAUAAGAUCAAAAAUUUUAUUUUCAAUAAUUAUCUGGACUGCGUGUUGUAUAAAUAAUUUAUUUGCAGUUCCUCGGCCAUCAGAAACAGUCUUGCAUGUGCAGAUUUACAACAAACUUCUGUAAUAGAACAUGAAGACAAAAUGGAGUAAUAGAAGAUAUUGUCAGCAAUUACAAUCCAGCAUCUUGCCAAUAAUACAUGUGUGAUCACGAGAUUAACCUUUUGUUUAUUGUUUAUUAGACUGCAGUGCUUUAACUACACACCAUUCACUGUCCUGUUGUGGAAAUUUGUUGGUUCUAUUUACAGAGGUUAUUGAAUUUUCUCAUGCAUUUUAUGUAUUUUCUCCAAGCUCCCCCCUUGGAAUAUCAUGUUUAUUAAUUGCUGACAGCUUGUAAACCUGCCUUACCUUGUUUGCUCAAUAAUGAGCUGAAGGCUGAAGAUUGUGCUCCACAGCCAGACUGAUCAAACAGAUAAUACUGACAGUAGAGAAUCAAGAGCUUUGAGUUUCGCUGUUUGAAACCACAUGCUUAUGUAAUAUUCUGAGUUGAACUGGCUGAGUAGCACGGUUGUUGCCUUAGAACAGUGUUGGAACUGUUCCCGGAAGUUGAAGAAUCUAUGCAGCUGUAUAUCGCUAGAACCUUCCACUACAAGUUCACCUGAAUCUGUGAACCCAUCUAUAAUGUACUGUACAUACACCAUAUUUCAUAGAUCAUUCAAAAUGUCCUGGAUAUUAGUAGUAUUUACUGGCUUUGAUGGAUAUAAAGGACUGGAUUUCAUCCACUAUUAAACAAUGUGACAAUAUUUAGUCUUUUAACUUAAGUGUCUUGCACUAGAAAUUUCCCUUCUGGAUCUUUUGGUCAGUUGUUGGUUUCUUGUUUGCAUUGCCAUUCUGCAUUGAUAUUUUGUGUGUUUGUUUCUUGUUCAUACCCCUCGGUGGUUGGCUAUAGUUUUGUAUAGCGUUUGUAUAUUUUGAACAAAAAAAAAGAAAAUAGUAACUAUAUAUUUGCGUUUGAACACCACAGUGGCCUAAAGUAGUGAAGAAAAUAAAAAUGUGCUGUUGCAAUGUCUUGUUCAACAUUUCAAAAAACAAAAUAGAAAAUAUAAACAUGGUGUGCACUGUGUCUUAUUGAUUUGGUUUACUGGAUUAUAAUUUGACCUGUUCAUUUUAAUUACCAAACCAGUGUUAUUAGGCACUCUUAUAAUAAUUUUCAAUAAUGUAUCUAUUGUAUUUCCUGUGUUGCUCAGAUUACAUGUAGUCAUACUGUUUUACUUUUCCUUUCCAGGCCUAAAUGGUUAAAUUAAGCAAUUAAAUGUAUGUGGUUGUCAAA